AUGUCUUCCUCACAAUUGAAAGUAACUUUUCUCGGCCUUGGCUCUAUGGGUAGUGCAAUGGCUAGAAAUAUUCUUAAAAAAGGUUUUCAACUUACUAUAUGGAGUCGUACAAUAUCAAAAGCAGAAGAAUUCGUAAAUGCAGGUGCACGUGUAGAAAAAAGUGCUCGUGAAGCUGUUGCCGAUGCUGAUAUUAUUGUGAGUUGUCUAUUUGAUGAUAAAUCAUGUUUGGAUACUGCUCAAGGUGAAAAUGGUUAUCUAAAAGGAAUAAAGAAAGGGGCAGUACAUGUCAAUACGACUACUAUUGGUCCGAAUAUCGCCAGUCAACUUGAAAAAUUACAUGAAGAACAUGGUGCUUACUAUGUCACAGGAACUGUUCUUGGCCGUCCAGAUGUUGCAAACGCAGGACAAUUACGAAGUUUCUUAGGUGGUAAACAUGAAGCAAUUGAACGUGCUCGACCCGUAGUUGAAACAUAUUCUGGUGGUUCAAUAAUUGUUGUUGGUGAAAAUCCAGCACAUGCAAAUGUAGUAAAACUAUCAGCAAAUAUGGUUCUUGCUGCCAAUAUUUCUCUUUUCGGUCAAGUUUAUGCAUUUAAUGAACGUUGGGGAAUCGAUAAUGAUGUUACUCAUGAAUUACUUAAAAUUUUUUAUUCACAUCCAGGUUUAUUAAAAUAUGAAGAAGCUGUACGCACUCGAAAUUAUGAAAAAGAAGAAGGACAAGGCUUCGCAGUAGAAGGAGGUUUAAAAGAUAUUAAUACAAUGUUAAAUACUGGUGAUCAAGUUGGUGUUCCACUUCCAUUUUGUAGUACUAUGAGAGAACAAUUUGUCUCUGUACUUGGACAUGAUUUAAAAGAUAAAGAAUGGUCAGUUCUUGGUGACGCAGCAAGACUUAAUGCUGGAUUACCAAUGCCAUCUCAAAAAAAGAAAUAA